AUGUCUGAACCAACAGAUAUCCCUGCAGGCUCCACUGUACUUGUCACUGGGGUCAAUGGAUUCGUCGCCUCCCACAUCGCCAAACAGCUUCUACUACGCGGCUUCAAGGUUCGCGGCACUGUGAGAGAUUCUGGACGAACUUCGUGGCUCGCGAAGGAUACUUUCAAAGCUUAUGUCAAGAACGGUGACUUCGAGCUUGUCACUAUCAAAGACUUUACUGCUGCAGAUGUCUAUGAUGAUGCGAUCAAGGGUGUGUCCGCGAUCGCGCAUGUGGCAUCCGUCGUUACAUUUGAUUCUGACCCGAACACCGUUAUACCUCAAACGGUCGAAGCGGCUACCCGGAUCAUGGAGGCAGCAUUGAACGAGCCUUCAGUAAAGGCAUUUGUCUAUACCAGUUCUAUUGUAGCCAGCACCUUCCCUGCGCCGGGGAAUGACACACGCGUAAGUCGGAACACAUGGAAUGACGUGGCUGUAGAGUUGGCCUGGUCUCCUCCACCACAUCCCCCAACUCAAGGCAGCAUUGUCUAUGCGGCAAGCAAGGUUGCAGCGGAGAAGGCUGUAUGGAAAUUUGUCGAUGAGAAGAGGCCCAAAUUCAGAGUCAACUCUGUCAAUCCGGCUAUGAUCAUAGGCGAACCUCUCAACGACAGCCAUCUUCAGACUGUUGGAGCCUGGAUCAAAAAGCUUUGGGACGGUGAUAUAUCCCGGUUGGCUAACUUUUCUGCCACAUACCACAUUGAUGUCAAGGACGUCGCAGUUUUGCACGUGGCCGCUAUCGUAGAUCCCAAGAUCAACAAUGAGCGCCUCCAAGCCUGGGCCGAAAAUUGCAAUUGGAACGACAUGCUUGCCAUCCUGCGCAGGCUGUAUCCACAGCGUCACUUCAUUGAUGACCUCCCUGAUCAACAGCGACUGAGCAUAAGUACAGACCUCACGUUGCCUCUGCAUUUGCUGAAGAAAUGGGAAAAUCAGACCGGCUGGAGAACUUUGGAGCAGAGUAUCAAGGACAAUGUCAGACUGCUCGGGGAGAACGUGAAGUACUCAGCUUGA